AUGCUUCACACUGCCCUCACUCAAAAUCCUCCGCUCCCUGAUUUCUCUGAACUUCGGGCUCGAAUUCUCUCCUUUGAUGCCCAACAAUCUCGUCCUGCUACUUCCACUGCGGCUACUGCUCUCUUCAAUCACAGUAAAGCCUCCUCUGCCCAUCGUGAUAACCGCUCCUUUCCCACCGGUGGUCAUCCCAACAAUAGCCGCUUUAUACGUGGCCGUCAUUCCCAGCAGCAAGCCACUCCACAAUCACAUGUUGCGUCUCCUUUUCCUAUGCAACAGCAACAUGUGCCUUCAUUUGGGCCUUUUGCUUCACUUGCUUGGGCUGCUCGUCCCCCACCAAAUGGUCUUCUUGGCCCAGCACCCCAAUGGUGUCCUAAUUGUCACUCAGGUCAACAUGGCCUUUCUCAAUGUCCACAUAGAUUUUCCGGCCCAAAUACUGCUGCUCCAUUUGCUGGAGUAUAUUAUGCUGCUGAUCCAAAUUGGUACCUAGACGGCCCUUGUAAAGAUGGUCUAUAUCCGCUCACUCUGUCCAGCGUCUCCACUCCUCCACAAGCCCUUGCUUCCGUUCACUCCUCCAUCUGGCACAAUCGUUUGGGUCAUCCGUCGUCAAAUGUCUUAGCACGUCUAGGUCCUACAAUCAAUUCCAAAUUGUCUUUUCGUUCUUUUUAUCGAGACUGUGCACUUAGCAAGUCUCACCAAUUACCUUUUAAUUCCAAUAAAGAGACUACUAGUACUCAUUUUCACAUUAUUCAUAGUGAUAGAUUUUCUUGCCCCUAUACACCACAACAAAAUGGCCUCGCCAAGCAUCGCCAUAUUGCCACAAUGACUCGGAGUCUCCUUCUCACUUCUGGUGCUUCACAUAAUCUUUGGGUCGAAGCUGUUUUAACCUCUGUUUAUCUUAUUAAUCUUCUUCCCACACCCAUUCUUAAUUGGGAUAAUCCACAUACUCGUCUUUAUGGCAGUCUGCCUUCCUAUUCCUCUCUUCGCGUUUUUUGUUGUUCUUGUUUUCCUCAUCUUGGGUCUUAUGUCUCUGAUAAACUUUCAAGUCGUAGCAUUGAGUGUGUCUUUCUCAAUUACAGUUCUCAACACAAAGGUUAUCGUUGUCUAGAUCCUACCACUAGUCGUGUCUAUAUCUCUAGGCAUGUUAUCUUUAACGAAACAAUUUUUCCUUACAAACAGUUGCACGCACAUUUAGUUCCAGAAGCUAGCUCAUUGGAGUUCACACUCUUGUCCAGCCCAUGA